UGCCUCGUUAGUUCCGCGCGUCCCUUCGUCUCGUACGGACGCUCUUAUCCUUAGAAUCGGAUAAAUUUGAAAGUAACUCAAAUCUAGACAAGUAAUAGAGAAAAAAGUAUUUAUCUUUUUUACUGUCCACCCUUGGAUUUAAGUUCGCAAAAACGCGGAAUGUGAUAACAUAAUUUUCAUUUUUAUUGGAGUAAUUAAUAUUAAUAUUGAUAAUAAUCAUAAUAAUAAAAGUUAUUGAAAUCGGUGGUUGGAAAAAUGAAUAAUUUUCUGGGGAGUCUGGCUUUCCUCGGGCUAGUCGGACUCGCUCUUGGACAGGAAGGCGGUUUGUUUUUCUCGGUGAGUCCGGCAGAUCACACGGUAGUAGAGGGCUCCCCGGUACGUUUGCGUUGCGAGACCGAGCCGAGUGUGGGUGUAAAACACACGUGGAAACUGGAGGGCCAGACUCUGGCACCCAGUCCGCGUCGUCAUCAAGUCGGCGGGGAUCUCUACAUCACUAGAGUAAACAGGAUUCUGGACAGUGGGAAUUUCGUUUGCGUUGCAUACCACGAGCCAACUGGAUACAGCAUCGAGAGCUCCCCUGCUAAAAUCGACGUCCAAUGGAUAAGCGAGUCGCGGGUAGUUCUGGAAUUGCCAAAGUUUCCUUCUCCAGUGCGUCCUGGUGGUGAGGUGGAAUUACGGUGCCACGUGGAUGGCUCCGGUGAAAUGAGAUACGAGUGGUUUAAGAAUACUAAAAGCUUGAUGACAAACGAGCACAUAAAAGUGAAGAGCAAAAAGAAACUGCACAUCCAGAACGUGAGCACAAAAGACAAUGGGGUGUAUUCAUGCCUGGCGCGAAAUGAAGCCGGAUCCUCGCCUAUAAAAGAAAGUUAUCCGCUGGUAGUGCCCGAGAACGAGACGGCUACGAUAAAAGUUGUCCCGCAGAAUGUGAUUGUCAAACGCGGUGAGCAGGCGUCAAUGCACUGCGUCUACGAGAAUGCCGAUUCCGUCGAGUGGUAUUUUAAAGAAAUCGGACCACUCACCGACGAGGACGACGAAAGAAUGGCUUUUGAAAAUGGUACCCUGGUUAUUCGCGCCGCUGAGCACCGGGAUCAAGGUGUCUAUGCUUGUCACGGUAUCAGAGAUGGCAUAGCCCAGAUUUACACCGCUGAGCUGCAGAUUGCUUACUUACACAACCUAUCAGACGCAUCAUUAGAGCCAUCAUUACCAGACCAAAUAGCAGUAGUAGGCCAAGACCAAGAGCUCCAAGUGAGUUGCCUCGAGCCCGCAGGAUUGCCAGGACCCCGCGUAUUUUGGCGUGACCCGCGAGGUCACUUGAUAAGCGACGCGGGGCCCGUUCGGGUGCAGGACAACACUCUUCUGAUCGCGAAGGCCCGAGUGUCUGAAGACGGAGGCAAUUACACAUGCAUCGCGGAAAAUUUGGCGGGUACCAGCGAGAUAGUAGUCCAAGUGAUAGUUUCGACUCCCUCGACACUAACGAGCUCUCCAGAGUCGCUCUCAGUAAUGGAAGGCGAUCCUGCGACUCUGAUGUGCUCCUACACCGGGAUGGAAGCGCCGGUGACUCAUGCUCAGUGGGUGAAAGACGGAGAGCCCCUGAAAGAAACCGGGGGACCCAGCAGACAUCGCGUCACCGACCGGCAUGGAAACGUCACUCUUCACUACCGAUCAACGUCGCUCGCCGACAAGGGGAGUUACGCUUGCGAGAUCCACACCAAAGGAUUCCCCGCGCUCAGGUCCAAGCCCGCGACACUCAAUGUCAAAGAAAAGCUAAAAUUUUCACCGCCCCCCGUCGACAAGAAACUCGAACUUAAUUCGACGACGAAAGUCUACUGCAAGGCGCAAGGCGCCACCAACCCCACUGUCAGGUGGAUAAAGGAACACGAGGGAGAAAAGUUUCCAGAUCACGUUCAGGACAUUAAUGGUACGCUCCACUUUAAUGGCGUCCUCGAAACAGACAGAGGUCGUUAUAUAUGCAUUGCCUCCAACGCUCAGGGCUCCAUCAAUCACACCAUACAGAUUGAAGUUGUCAUUGCUCCAAAAUUCACGGAACUGCCUCAGAACCCAACAGAAGCCAUGGAAGGGUACCCAGUGAUGUUGCAUUGUGCGGCAGAAGGCGAUCCAACGCCACAAAUCCACUGGGAUAAAGACUCGACGCUAAAUAAUCUCGAUGAUCCUCGAUUACAGGUUUUAGCAAAUGGAAGUUUGUACAUCAAAGAGGCUUACCUCAGCGACGAAGGAAAAUAUGGCUGCACAGCGGGUAACAGCGGGGGCUUGAAGAGGGUCGAGGUUCAAUUGAAUGUCAAAUCCGGCGAUGGAUACAGAUCAGAUAUGGACGUAGAAAACUACGACGGCUCGAUGAUGACUAAAACAGUAACAAUAACACUAGGUGUUGCUGGCGCCUAUAUGAUUCUUGUCAUUGGAUUGAUGCUUUACUGCCGCUAUAGGCGCCGCCGUAGGAAGCAGCAGUAUUUACAAGAACAGGGUGAAGAAAAACUCGAGAACGGCGACAUCCAUGAGGAGCAAACGGAGCUAAAGGAGAUGAACCCGAAGCAAAAUGGCGAGCGUAAAAAAGAGAACAGAGAUUCGCAUCGCAGCGACGGAGCAGAAACAGCCCAAAGCCAGAGCAGCAAUCACUCUAAAAAAUCCAAAAGCAGCUACGACAAAUUAGCGAUAUCACGAUCAAACCUCCGCGAAUUGAAGCCGCUGGGUCGUGGGGAGUUCGGAGAAGUAUUUUCUACAAAGUACCAAGUGGAUGGUGAAAAAGAGCAGAUAGUUAUGGUAAAAAGUCUUCUGAAUACCAAGGACGAGACUUCGCUGCAAGAAUUCAAGCGACAUUUGGAUCUUUUGCACAAAUUGAACCAUGAGAAUGUCGCAAAAUUGAUUGGACUUUGCAGAGAGGUAGAGCCCGAUUACAUGAUCCUGGAAUUCACCGACUGGGGCGACUUGAAGCAGUUCCUGCUGGCUUCAAAGAAAAAGGACGAAGCUUUGGCUCCAAACUCCGGUAGCAGCCCCACAUCCAACGCGAACCCUAACCCCGAUAUCAAGCAGCGCGCUCCUCAAUUGGCCGUUGCACAAAUUUUGGCCCUUGCGAAUCAAGCCGCCAGGGGGCUGAAGCACAUCGCGGACAACAGGCUGGUUCACAAGGACAUCGCAGCUAGGAACUGCUUAAUUUCUAGCAACCUCAGUCUGAAAAUAACCAUGUCCUGCAUGUCCAAGGAACCUUAUCAGCAAGAGUACGCCAAGUUCCGCAACCAGGUGAUCCCUCUGAGGUGGAUGCCCUUCGAAGCGGUUUAUGAGGAUGAGUACUCGACGAAAAGUGAUGUCUACUCAUUUUCUUGCUUACUCUGGGAGAUCUUCCACCAGGGCGAGCUGCCUCUGAAUAAAUUGAACGAUGAAACGGUGAUGGCCCAGCUAAAGACACAUUCUUUGGGCUGGAAGGCUCACAAAGCCGCCCCUCCUGCUCUUCAGGAGCUUCAGGAUAAGUGCUGGGCUAAGGAUCCCAGGGAGAGACCGACUUUCGAUGAGGUUGUUACUAAAAUAGGGGAAAUCGUCGUCGAUAGUUGCUUGUAAAUUUAUUUAUUCGAGAUUAUUAAGGGGGGAAUCGCUUUUUUGGAGAACUGAAGGUAGUUUGGCUUUGUUGAUGGGGAAAAAAAUUUUUUGCGGGGUAAUAUGGUUUAGUUUUUAGGAAAAAUAAGUUUUGCUUAGAAAUAGUAGGAUUAAUUAUUUUUAAUUAUAAUUAAAAUUCAAAUUAAGUAAACUUAAAG